UGACAGACAAAAGUUUAGAAACAUAUGUAGGUAGGUAGGUAGGUAGGAAUCUACCUACUUUUGGAUUUAAAAUAAAAUUUAGGUUUAUGCUGGUAUAUUGCAAUUGAAAUUGCUAGGACAUACCUAAAUAGUCCCUAGGCGCAUUGACUUGUAGAUGUCGAAAUAAUUGAUAAACAUUCACUUAAAGUCAUUGUAAUGGGCUUACACAUUUUUUAAGUAGUGUGGUGUGAAAAUAGUUACUGAACAGUUUAAAAAAAUAUAACUACCCAAUGCCUGCUUCCGCAAAUAAAAUCGAAAAACAUGGCGGACCCGCCGGAAAUCGAAGAAGCGACGUCAACAAGAAGUAAUUCACUUAAAAUAUCCCUUCCUACAGUACUGUGCACGCCUGAAACUUCAGAUAUUGAUUCGGUUAAAACAAAUUCGUUUGUUACGUCCGAUUCGAACUUGUCUUUACCGUCCAACUUAGGUACACCCACGUCUCCCUUAAAAGCGUCCUCUCCCAUGUCUUUACCGACGUCUCCGUUCACAAAAAUAUAUUCCCAAUCGAAUUCCCUCGGUAAUUCAAAAACUCAAGAAGAUGGACCGAAGAGCCUAAUCAAUAGUAGCUCGGCGACCGGCAACCCUCGUAACAAAUGUGCCCUUCAACCCGGGCACAGUUUGAUGGACUGGAUCAGACUGGGCAACUCCGGCAAAGAUCUGACCGGCGUUGGAGGACGGAUACGACCCGUCACCCACACCGAAUUAGCGGCACACAACACUCAAAAAGAUGCGUGGCUAGCCAUCCGCGGUCGGGUUUAUAACAUAACCCACUACUUACCUUAUCACCCUGGAGGCCCCGAAGAAUUAAUGCGUGGCGCAGGAAUGGACGCCACCCAAUUAUUCGAUAAAGUCCAUCCUUGGGUGAACUACGACUCGCUUCUGGCCAAAUGUUUAGUAGGCCCUCUGCGCUAUGAUCUACCCGAUGCAGAAGAACUCUUCGACACCUCCUCACCAUCCUCAAAAUCGGACCGCCUCAGAGAACCUUCUAAAGCACAAGAAUUAGUCAGAAAAUCUAUGGAGAAUUUAGCUAAUUGUAUUACGCCCGUAAGAAAGAAAAUAUCAAAUAAAAGCGAAGAAAACGCCAAAGGUAGCCCGCCGAGUAAAAUAAUGCAGAGUCUGAUACAAUCUAGCGACUUACCGGUGUCUAUAAGCCGGCGAGCAGCAGCGAGUCCUGUGAAGAAAGCCGAUAAAAAUACAGAAACUCCCACCCCUAUGCGAUACGAUUGGAUUCAAACAUCUACAAAGCUAACAAUCUCCGUUUACACGGGUCCGCUGGCAAAUCCUGGUGGAUGUGCGAGGAUUACCGACGGCUUCCUAUUGAUCGAAGUAGCAACGAACGGUUGGCUUAGGACACUUAAAAUAACACCUGAGGCGACUUUGCAGGAACCUUUGCAGCUACGGGUGUUUGCAGAGAGUGGUAAAGUAGAGGUAAUUGCACGUAAAGUGGAAAGCAGUCUCUGGAAAGGCUGCGGUGAAGUAGUCCUAGGUGUGCCAAAGAAAAUCUCUUCGCCUAGAACAAUGGAAUGUCGUAUAAUGCGAGUAGAUCGUGUGUCACACGACACUACAUUGCUUUCGUUGACACCUAAGGCUGGUCCUGUUCUCGUGCCUCUCGGGCACCACGUACGGAUACACGAGCAAAUGGAAGGUUCUGAAUUAGUCAGAUCAUAUACUCCCGUAGGCGAAGGUUGGGGUGCAACUGAUGACGUGCUUUCAGCUUUAAGAUUAGCAGUGAAGAAAUAUGACUCAGGUGCAAUGUCUCCGCUCUUGGCCUCUCUGAAGAUUAGUGACGUGGUUACGUUAUCCGGACCAUAUGGAAAUUUUGAAUUAUCAAAGUUGAAAACGGUGAAGGUAAUGUAUCUUAUAGCCGCUGGGACCGGCAUUACUCCGAUGCUCGGCCUCGUGAAGUUUAUGCUGGCGAGAUCUAACCCCAGAUGUGAACGGGUGCAUCUGCUUUUCUUUAACAAAACAGAACAAGACAUAUUAUUUAAUGAUAUCCUUGAAGAUAUAGCGAAGGAGGACGAUAGAUUUGUUGUAACAAAUAUUUUAUCCAAUGCUGGUCCAUCAUGGAUAGGACACACAGGAAGAAUAUCCAAAGAACUACUUAAAAACAUAUUCGAUAAAGAUUCCAUGAAAUGUUAUACAAAAUGUACUCAUUACGCUUGCAUUUGUGGACCAAAUGAGUUCACACAUACUUCACUAGAUUUGUUGAAACAAGAAGGCAUGAAAGAUAAUUGUUUGCAUGCGUUUAUGGGCUAAGGAUAUGCUCUGACGUGAAUGUAUAUUGAAGAAAUUAAUUCUGAAUUUAUCGUGAUUUUAAUGAAACAUUUUAUUUUGUCAACUGAAAAGAUAUUAUUAAAGUUUUUCACAAUAAUGGAAUAGAUGUGGUGGUUUUGUUACGUAAUGGUAUUACUCUAAGAACUUAAAUGCAAAUCGGAUUCUUUAAUAGAUCCAAAAAAUAGAAUUGAACUAGAUCGCAGUAUAUAACCAAUAAAAUUGCAAGAUAAAAUAGAUUAUCAACAUACGUUGUCAGAAAGAGUGGAAUAAUACAAGUAAAUGCAAAAAAUAUAUCAUCUAGAUUUUAAUACUUACUGAAAUAAAUUUACUGCAAAAAAUACCUUUACAGAAUUAUUAAUUAUAAAUAUUAUGAAAUUCUUACAAAGUAGUUUUUAUUGCUGUAAGACUAUAAAAACACAAAUAGGUAGCAGUAUAGUUAAUAUUUACAGUUUUUUUUUAGCUUUCAAUGAAACUAGAGUAAAAAUUCAAUGUUGUUAUUUCACAAGCUUAGUUAAUUGUUAUUUAUAAUGAAAGCUAACUAACUUUCGAAAAUAAAACACGUACACGAGGUUGUGCAUUUUUUCAAAAACUACCACUUUAAUAAUAUAAAUUUAAUUCUAUUAAAAUAAAUUCAGAACUUAAGUAUACCUGUUGUAAUAAUAAUGAGGUUGUUAGAAACAAAUAAAAUAAUAAUAUAGAAUUAAAAAAAAAAACAAUAAAUGAGUCGUCUAUUAUCAAAGGCGGCAAUCUGUACAUUUGGACAAAAAAUUUUUAUUGAUAUGUCAAUACAGAUUUAUUUGAAUAUAAUCGUCUCCUUCAAAGAAUACGGUUCAAAACCUGCAUUAAAUAAAGGUUAAUAGUUAACCUGUUAUUUAUCUAAGAUGUCGUUCCGAAGAGUUUUGUGACUGCCAAUGGAAUACAAAGUCAAUAAUUCGUUUUUCUGAUUUACCAAUCAUUGUCCAAAAGUCAGAUUGCCGCCUUUGAUAAUAGUCGACUCAUAUGUACUUGCAUUUGCAGCAAUUGUUAAUUUUGUAUGGGAAUGGAAUGGCGCAGUAAAAAAACAUUUGUAAAUAGAUCGAAAAUUCGCAGUUAUGUUAUAUUGUAUCUGAUUCUGUUCUUUGAAGAAUUAGCAAAUGUUUCCAGAUAAUGUGAUUCUGUGUCUGGAUUUGUCUCUGUUUCUUUGUUUAUUAUUGCAAUUAUCAAAAUUAAAAAAUGGUCAAAAGCACAAAAAGAAAUUGAGUAAUAAUUAUGGAUUACUUAAAUGUGUAAAUACAUUAUGUAAGUAAGUAGUCUUAAAAGAAAGUGUGAUAAACUAGCUUUUUUAGAUAUUAAAAUAUGUCACAGUGUAAAUAAUUAUAGUCAUUUUGUGAUUGUUGUAGGCAUAAUUCAUUGUGAUUCGGAUUGUUAGAAUACCUCAGUGUAAAAGAAAGACAAAAUUAUAGUCGUUUAUAUCGUAUUCGAUACAUUUAUAAUUUGUAAAUAUUCCAUCCAACGUCUUUUUAAAAAUGUGAAUCUUUGUAAAGAUGAGUCAAAGUUUAAUUUAAGGAAAAUUGAUUAUAAUGAAGAAAAAAAAUUUUAAUAUUUUAAUCACAAAUAAAAGACAAAACACGUCGUUUAUCGUGAAUGUGCUAAACACGAUGCAAAACAUCUAGAUCUUAUUAUUGUCGUAGUAAACAAACGUGCAUGUUUUUAGGUACCUACCUAUAUAUUAUUUUAAUAUUAUACCUAUACAAUAAUUAUCCUAUGCCUAUUUCUGCCUUGAAGCAGUAACGCGUUUCGAUUUGAAGGGUGGGGCAGCCGUUGUAACUAUACUGAGACCUUAGAACUCAUAUUUUAAGGUGAGUGGCCGCAUUUACGUUGUAGAUAUCUAUGGGCUCCAGUAACCACUCAACACCAGGUGGACUGUGAGCUCGUCCACCCAUCUAUGCAAUAAAAAUAAAAAUUAUGACCAACAAUUUAUUAAAAACGAUCACAAAGCUACAGAUUAACUCGUACUUACCUAAAUUCAACAAAUUACGUAGAUUAUAAUAUUUAUAAUACGCGAAAUAUAGGGUUGUAUUAUGAUAACUGUUCAUUGUAACUGUAAUAGAUUAUAGCAUACUGAUUAUAAUAUAUAAUAUACUGCGCAAACACCCACUAUAAUUCAUAUAGAUAUUUUUGUAAUACAGAAACUAAUAAGAAAAAUGUAACCUAUUAAAGCUUGAACAGAAAAGUAACAUUACUAAUCGAUAAAAGACAAUUAAUGUAACGCAUAGAAAAUAGUGAGUGUCUACAAGGCUAUUUAUAGUUCGAACGACUUCUUAAUCACUUAGUUGUCUCAAGCACGGAAACCACGGAAACCACGGUACAGUUUAACAUAUCAGUGAAGAUGUUACGUUGAUCUUUUAAAAUUAAUACUUCUCACGUGUCGACAGCUUACCUAACUUUGGAAUGGCGACGAUAAAAUACCAACCUUGACAGCAUACAGUAGGACUUUAAUAAAUACAAUUCGGAAUGCCUAAAUACUUAAAUUAAUUGGACACAAUACAAACAUGUUACUUUGUACAAUUUUGAUGAAGUAGGCUGUGUGGAUAGAGGGGACGGUAUCGUUAUCCCAAUAAAAACACAUGAUGACAUAGUGUAAUUGAAUUUAGUGUUGCCAAUAUGUAAAAGUGCCUACAUUCCAGGUUUUAUGUUGUUUUUUUUAUAAGUUUAUUUGUGUUAAAUUCUAUAGAGUUCAAUAAAGUGUUAGAAAAAGUA